GUCUCCUGUCGCAUCACAACACGUAGCUUAGUGUUAGAUGGGUCGGAUUCCCAAACACCGCGUGGUGUUUUCCUAACUCCUCAUGAACUCUCCUAACCAUCUUCCCUGGACCCCAUGACGUUUCUCACUUUCCCACGUGAGAGCGAGAGCUACUAAAGCACAACAAAGUGCACAGGAGGAUCUGAUGGAAGGUGACAUCACUGUGACCCAAGCCAACAGGAAGUUACCUGCUGUUACAGGAACAACCCGAAGAAUCAAAGAUAACGCAGCUGACUGGCACAACCUGAUGGCGAGGUGGGAAAAACUCAAUGAGGACGGAUUCAACGUGGCAGGGAGCAUAGUGGCCAUCACACUGACACGUCCCCAGAGUGAUCAGCUGCUGGGAGUGGACGAGUCUUCAUCCCCUUCAUCACCUUCACCACCAUCACCUGCGUCAGGUGGAGCUGCAAAGCUGCAAGAUGAAUGCUGCAAGCUGCAGGAGGUCAUUGACAAAAUGGUGGUCGUGGUGAAGAAGAUGGAACGUCUUACAGCACUGCAGCAAGGAGUUCAAGAUCUGGAGGAGUUUCAGUUUGGACUUGAAGGAAGAAAGUUGUUUCACAGCUGGAACGCCAAACACUUCAAAGACUCGUCUUGUGUGCUGUUGGAAUCCUUCAGUCAGGAGCUGAAGCUGAAGCAGACCAUCCUGCAGCAACUCGCCCACACGGCAACCUCUGACCUCAGCAUGGUCUAUAUGUCCUGCUGGCUGCAUCAGCCCUUCAUCACACCCCAGACCAGACUCACCCUGGAGGCUGUGCUUUUGGAGACAGGACACCACCCUCUUUGAUGUGUUUGGUCCUCCAGGUUCAUGUGACGCUGUCAGGCUCAGCUCUGAGGGACCUUCUUGUUGCUCAAACAGGUAGAGAGAUAUGUAGGUGCUCUGAAGAUCAGCUGAUGGUCCCUUCAAAGUCCGUUGGACAUACGAGUGGAGCGGCGUUAUCCGAAUGUUUCAGAUCAGUUUCAUAAGCCUGAAUUCAAUGUGUAUGUUACAGUUGUAUAAUUCAAAUUAAAUCCUGUUCUCAGUUGUAACCCGAAACCAGACUUUGUCUUCCCAAGAAAACAUUAAUAAUCUUUGCUGUCCUGCUCCUAAAUGGUGGAAGGAGCUCUGUGAUGACAUCAGGACCACAGAGAGCCUUCACCUCUUCAGACUAAACACUAACACACUGUAGACCUUAAACUGGACUCAUAAUGGAUCUGAUCUAGAACUAGUUGUACAUCGGCUUAUUUGAUGAAAUUACACUUUGUUGGUUCUUGUUCUUCUGAGUAUCUCUAUGGUUGAAAUGCACUUAUUGUGAGUCCCUUUGGAUAAAAGCCUCAGAUAAAUGACGUGUAAUGUAAGAAUAUUUUUGGUUUCUUCUGAAAACUGCAUUUUUCCUUUCAACAUUGACGCAGACGUUAUAAUGACGUACUUGAGUUGAUACUUAUGAGGAUCCAGGGCAGCAGGCUUAGAUAGUUCACAAGGAGCCUUAGAACCAAAGCAGGGGAACAGCUGCAGGCACCCAAAGGUGACGAAGACCAAAUAGAGGACACAGCUCUCAAUGUGCUCCUACAAGCUGUUAGAAAUAACCUUGAAACCUUGUAUUCCUGCAAUGUUUCCUCCCACAGAACUCCUCGAGGUACAAGGUCAUAAAACCUUAUUUGACUGGGUUAGGGUUAGACCCCCCAGCAGACCUGCAGUCCUCCUUGGUACCAAGUGGAUUUACAAAGCUCCAACAAGUUGUUUAUGGCCAAUCAAUGAGCAGCACUGGUUUAGAUCCCUGCUGUCCACACCCUCACAUCUGGAGAAGAUGUGUUCCACCACAGGGGUCUGCAGAAGACCUCGAUGCCUCUGGCGUCAAGCUGGGUCUCCUCCAUCAACGAGGGUCCGGGCCUCUCCUGCCCCCUGCCCCCCCCCCCCCGAAAGCUGUUCUCUGGAUUCAUUAAAGCUUCCUCUUGAGAAAUCACAACACCGAUGAG